AUGCGUUUGUUUGUGGUCCUUUCUUGUCUGGCCGCUGUGGCUUUGGCCAAGCCCCAAUAUAACUAUGGCAGUGGUGUAUCCGGUACCUUUGGCAGCUCUUCUUCCUCGGGAGCCAUAAAAUUCCCCAGCUCUUCCUCGAUUGGAGGAGGAUCUUCUUUUGGUGGCCUGGGAAUAAGAGGCUCGUUUGGCUCUAGCUCUGGGUCUGUGGGAGGCGGCAGCUUUGGUUCCUCAGGUUCCUCCUUUGGAUCUGGCUUUGGUUCUGGAUCCUCAGGCUUUGGUUCUGGCUCCAUAGGAUUUGGUUCUGGCUUCGGUUCCAGCGGCUCCUCCGGCUUUGGCUCCAGCGGUGCUUCCUUUGGUUCCAGCUCGGCUGGCAGCCAAGGUUUUGAGGCUCCCUUGGUGCACAAACAAUUCAUUACCGUUGCCGCCCCCGAAGACAAUGAAAAUUUGGAAAUGACCAAACAUUUGGUUAUUGGCCGUCCCCAAAAGAAUUAUCGUGUUGUCUUCAUUAAGGCUCCCUCAUCGAGCAAUGCCAAUGUUAAAUUGUCCGCCGAAUAUGCUCCCAAAGAAGAAAAGACAGUCAUUUAUGUACUCUCGAAGAACGAUAACAAUUUGGAGGUCAGUGACAUUGCCACCCCAGCUCCCACAGUGCCCAGCAAGCCAGAAAUCUUCUUCAUCAAAUACAAGACCGAGGAAGAGGCCCAACAUGCCCAAAGACAAAUUCAAGCCGAAUACGACAAAAUCGAAGGCAGCUCUGAACACACCGAUGCCGGUGUUGCUCCCCAACAAUCGGUGGUUGGUAUUUUGGGUGAUGGCGGCAAUGCUGGUAGCAGUGGUAGCUUUGGCUCCAGUGGCUCUUUUGGCAGCAGUGGUUCUUUCGGCACCAGUGGCUCUUCUUCUUUGGGCGGCAGUAGCUUUGGCACCUCUAGCAGCUCUGGCAACAAGGCCUCCGCUUAUUUGCCACCCACAACUGUUUAA